GAAGAGAUCAAGGUGCGGACGUUGACACCCCUAGCUGAUAUCACGUGAAAGUCACGCUUUAACGCGAAAGGCCGAAAAAUCAAUACUGCGAAGUAAUAAAUGCUAUUUCUAAGCUAGGAGCAGAACGAAAAUACCAUCAAAAAUUUUCUGAUCAAUCAAUCAAUUCUAAGCAAAGUAAUGUCGUAGUAGGAGAAAUAUUCUGUGUAGAUCCUGUUGCCUUCAACUUCACGAUUUCUGUCACCCUCCAACCACAACUGCCAUUAAAUUGCAAAAUGGCGUCACAAAAUAAUGCCUCACAUGCAGAAGUAUGGGAUGAUUCCACGCUUGUAGACUCGUGGAAUGAAGCUCUACAAGAAUAUGAGAAGUAUCACAGUAUCUAUGCCCGAGGGGAUAACGUUGAGGAUGUGUUGAACGCGUUCGAGAACCAAAGUAAUGGAUUGCAAGUUCGUCUUCUCCUGACCGUAAUCACAUUGCUAACCUUUCGUAGGGAAGGGGGGAUGAAUGAGGAUAAUGGAAUAGUUGUUGAAGAACCGCUGGAAGAAAAUGUUGACAUGCAAAGCGAGUUUGAGCAAAUCGACGACCACACCCAGACAGCAAACGAACCAAAGGUUGGUGACAAAUCCGCAUCAAAAGCGACGAAAUCUGGUUCUUCAUCUUCAAAAGCUGCAAUACUACCACCACAGUUAAUUGGUCAAGUUCACGAUGAAAAUCUUAAGAAUUUAUUGAUGUCCUGGUACUAUGCCGGCUACUAUACUGGAUUGUAUGAAGGCCAACAGCAAAAGUAAGAACCAAGUCAGGGUACAUAAUGAAUAUAAGGCAUAGGACGAAUCCUUUUUGAGGGAACUAUUAUCACUACUGCGACUAUCUGUGACACGGAUAGUUUGAACCAUCUGAUCUUAUUUAAGCCGGAUCAUGAAGACAUUGGGAUGAAGUCCGAGCUGUGCCAUGUUGUGCCGUUGUGGGAGGUAUCAUAUCCAUCAAAAACAUAUGAGGGAUGAUCUCAUGUUAGCUUGUACUUUAUGGAAGACCCAAUGUUACAGCAGGUAUAGGAGACAUGUAUUAUAUGGUUUCAUGAUUGAUAACGGGUACCUUACAUCAUUGCGCCUUGACCUAAGUUUCUUUACUACCCUCACGAUUACAUCCCCAAAGGAGUUCAUGAUUAUGCUUAUGAUUAGAUGUGGAACUAGGGGACUUCAUGAGCCCUUGUUACUGGCUUAAGGAUAUUGUCGAUAAUGGGUACUUCGAAUUGACAAUUUCUGUGGGAAUGAUUGCCACGUCCAUUUUAUAUAGAGUUAUACGGAAGACAG